AUGAGCGAGUAUUCUUUGACAUGGAUGCGUCAGACUGGACAGAAACCUCGUGAAGCGAUGGAGAAUGAGGGAUAUGCCAAGGCGCUCAUUUACGUGGGCGGCCUGGCCUACAUGAGACCGAUCGGCCCCACAGCCUUGGCAAUGCCUUCUAUGACCUACGAUGGCGUCUCGGUGCAUGUCGAUCGAAAGAACAGCUGCUCUGGAACUGUUAACGUCGAAACAGGUACUGUACUUGGGGAGCCGCUCCUCGCCGGAGCGGAAGAAUUGGAGCAGUGCCCACCCCGCGGAAACGGUGCACGGUUUGAAGCAUUUUCUACCUCUGCCAAGCAUCCCCGUCGUGUGCCCAAAGUGCAGGGACCAGGGGUGUUGAUGUUUGGGGCGAGGGUCAUCUGGUGUAUAUUAGGACAGACCAGACCAUCACACUUUCAUACCUCAGUCCCACUAAAAGUUCUCACAAUGUCGGAGCAACGUAACGACGACAACGACCCCCCUCUCAAAGAGGAGUCCUCCAACUGGCGUCCGUCGAUGAGCGGUUCCAUACCUUACGACGAGUCCUAUAACGACCCUCUCUACCUCAUCCCGGAAAUGCGAGUCUCCUUUCCUGGCUUUGCGUCGACGUCAAGCUGA